AUGGACUCAAGAGGACAAAGCACAACUUGGAUGCCCAUGGGCAACAACCAGGCUGUCCCCUUGCUCUCACUCCUGCGUGGGGCUCCUCCCAGACAAGGGCGGGUUCCUCCAAGCAUGCAACAGGCAGCCCUUCAAGAUCUUAUUGCGGAAGCAUUGAACAUUGUUGAGGAACUUGUGCUGGAUGAAGGGGACCAGCGGGAGGUUGGUGCCGAGAAUGAGACGAAGGUCUCUCUUGCCGUUGCCUCUAGUAACGGCGAUGAUGACGUGGAGGCUCAUAGCAACACCUUUUCCUCGGGUCGUUUGUAG